AUGGAGGCCAAAAUUAGGAACAGGGCAUCUUCAAGGCAAGAAGGGCCAUGCCUAAGGGGCAACCCAAGAAUUUUUAGAGUUUCAACUUUGUUUGGAGGGAAAGACAGGCACAGCAAAGUUUUCACAAUAAAGGGGUUAAGAGACAGAAGAAUUAGGCUUUCAACUCCCACUGCAAUUCAACUUUAUGAUCUACAAAACAAACUUGGCCUCGGCCAACCCAGCAAAGUCAUAGAUUGGCUUAUUGAUGUCACAAGAUUUGAUAUUGAUAAGCUCCCACCUCUCCAAAUUCCAAAAGAUUUUGACCCAAAUGCCUCUGUUCUUUAUCAAUCUUCAAUGCUUCUUCCUCAGGUUUGCCAUUUUGAUGUUGCAGUGAAAGCCAGAAAUGGAGGAACUGAGAGACUUUUGGCACAAAAGUUGUCUCCUUUGGUCAAUCAUGCUUCUUUAUGUUCUCUUCAAAGCAAUGCCAUGGAUGAAAGCUUUUGCCAUUUUGAGCCUUCAAGCUUUCCAUUCCCAUCAAUGGAGGCCAACCCAGACUCGUUUUCCUCCUCUGCUUCUGCUCAGUUGCUGUUCUGUCCAUUGACAACGCCAUCCGAAGUCUCUCCUAGCAGCUUGAUGAAAUUAAGAGUGAAUUUGAGAUGA